CCCCUAUUACACAAUCUCUCUCUCUCUCUCUCUGGGAGUGACUUUAUGGAGUUGCUUUGCUCAUGGGGGGACACACGCUUCACACUCCUUAGCCACUCAAAUAGUCUCCUCUCUCUGUAAACUACUUUUGGUUUCGGGGGAAGAAACCUUCUUGUAGGAAGCUUUUCAUACUCAUCAUGUAUACAAGUAUGUAAAGCCAACUAGAAGCCUCAACAUCCUUUUCCAAAUUCCAUGUUAUCUAUUACCAACUCAACAGAUUGGGCUCCCCACUUGCUGCUGAUAUUUGGUAGACAUAUUUUCAAGAAUAAACUAUGUUGAAACAAUCACCUAGUAGAAAUCAGAGGUCAAAAGGCUUCAAGGUGAAGCAUGCAAUACAGAUAUGUCUUUUUCUUGCCAUUUGCAUCUGGUUGCUUUACCAAGUCAGACACUCCCAUGAAACAAAGAAGGCAUAUGAAAAGAGCUCUGGAACGAUAUCUGAAAAAAUGCAGGGUGGGUAUGAAAUCAUAAAACUUGGGAGGAAGGAUCUGCAUCCUCAAGUAGAGGAAAUGGCUUUUGAAACUGAAAGAAAAGAAGAAUUGGAACAAGAGAUUGAAGAUAGUAAGCCAGAAGAAAGUGAGGAUGAAAGCAGAGGUGGUGGAGAUGAUGAAAUAGAUGGACAUGAUCAAGAGAGAGUCGAAGAAGAAGAUUCUGAGGAAGUCGAGGAUUUAAUCACUGAAGAGGAUAGGGAAAUGGAAGAGGGAAAUGAAGAGCUAGAGAGUGAAGGGAAGGGAAAUCAAGUUGAGGAUGUGAGCUUUUCUGAAGAUCAAGCCCAAAUUGAAGGUGAAAGGAAUACCCAGGAGGCAAGAGAGGAAAAUUACAAAGGUGAUGAUGCCUCCAGUGCUGUGGUUCAGAACACCCAAUCUAUAAGCACUGGAUUUAAAAUUGGACACUCGAGAAAUGUGAAGGAACAAGAAGUAGAGAAUGCUGAAAAGAUUGAAGUAGAGCAGGAUAAUGAAACAAAUAGCACCCUAGGGGUUGUGGUUAAUAUAAAAAAUUCAGGACCCAAGGAGAGUAAUAGUAUGAAAGUAAAGAGUGGUGCUUCUGGAAAUGCUGCUCGUGGUGAAGAAAGCGGUUAUGGAUUUGAUUUGGCCAAUUCAGAUGUUGGCUCAAAUUCAAGAGAGGCAAAUACCAAAACACAAAUGCACAGUGAUUCAACAUUGAUGCUGAUGAAAACUCAUGAAUCUUUGAAUGGAAAAGAUACAUUGCCAAAUCCGAUUCAUGAUACUGAUAUAACUUAUAAUGGAAGGCAAUCAUACUUGAAAGCUGUUUCAAAGGAGGAAGAUUAUAGCCCCAAGGCUGAAAAUGAGCAUUCAGAUUUCAAUUUUAGUCUUCCUAUGACUGAUAAUUUAGGUGCCAGCAAUAGGGAAAUGGCAGUAUUAAGUGAAUCUGAGUCUGCUGCAGAACGAAAGGGGACUUUGAAGCUUGAUGCAUCUGCUGUAUCUCAGGAAAGCCCUACUAAAAUUACCAAUGAGAAUGAAAAUAGAAUUGAUAGAAAUUCCGAGAAAGGCUCAGCAUCACUGACAACAAAUGAGAAUGUAGAUUCUGUACAGAAUGAGUACUUUGAUUCUUCUGAGUCCUCACUCUAUCAAGGUGGAGAGGAUCAAACUACUUUGGAGACUUUGGCAGAGAUCAGAAAUGAAAUGAACAACAGUGAAGAUGCAACUGAAUGAUGGUUUUUGAUGAAGAUAAUGCAUGUCAAGGUAGAUGAGCAAUUGUACAUGUUCUCCUUGUAUUUGCUUUAUGUUCACCGUUGAUUAGGUAUUAUGAAGAUGAAAUUGGCCAAGUAUAAUAGUUUUAGGAAAUCCUAGGAUUUCAAUAUAUAUAUUUAUAUAUAUAAAUAUAUAACUACAUUAUGAAUUGUGUAUUAUUACUUGCAAUGUGUUAGUUAGAAACUUGUACCCAAGAAAUUAAAAAGGGUUGCAAGGAGUGGAACUAUAUUGGUUUUCUACUUGGACUUCGUUGCAUAGCGAUGAAUGAUGGAAAUUAGAGUAUCACGGUUUUUCUACAA